CAGCUUUUGCUCAAGUCAUAAAGCUAAAAAUAUCUUUCUUUUACAUACUUACAAAUCCUGUUUUAUCACAUUCUCUGCACAAUGAGCCGUGAUCAGACCUACUCCCCUAUUCCUCUUUGCUGUCUGUUCCGGGAGAUCCUCACAGACAGAUUUGGUCUUACUCUACUCAUAUAAACAAAUACACACAUACAUACAUAAGAUAUUGUUGUACACUGAAUUAUACAGGAGCAACACAACAAUAGGUUAUAUAUUAAAAUUACUUUUGUUUUGGAAAAAUGAGAAGACGGCUCAGUAGCAGAAAGUCAUCCCAACAUCUUUUUAAGGAGUUGGAUGUUUUCCCAAAACUUCCUGAGAGUUGCACUGAAGUGUCUGCUGCUGGUGGAACAGUUUCUCUGCUUACCUUCACACUCAUUGGUGUUUUAAGCCUUUGGGAAUUCUGGUACUUCCAAGAAAGCUGGAUUAAAUAUGACUAUGAAGUAGACAGUGACAUCACAAGCAAACUGCAAAUUAAUAUUGAUAUAACUGUUGCAGCAAAAUGUGAUUUAAUUGGUGCAGAUGCUCUCGAUGUGGCUAAAUCGAUGGUAACAAGUUCCGAACACCUCCAGUAUAAACCUGAUUAUUAUGAAUUAACACCAGAACAGCAAGCUUGGCAAAGGAAAACGCAGAGCCGUCAGAAUAGAAAUCAAGAACAUACUAUACUGAACAGCUUGCUCCAGUCCUCCUUUAAUGACAGUCUGCAAAGAAUGCCACAAAGAGAAAUUAAGCCUGCAGAUCCCCCUAAUGCAUGCAGAAUUCAUGGGUCAAUCCAAGUAAACAAAGUCGCUGGAAACUUCCAUAUUUCUCUUGGAAAGCCUCUAUCAGUUUCUGAAGUUCACAUGCACUUGUCAAGCAAGUUUAGUGCAGAAGGAGCUAAUUUCUCACACCGAAUCAAUCAUUUUUCAUUUGGAGACCCUGCAUCUGGACUUGUCAAUCCACUAGAUGGCAGUGAGAAAACCACACACACAGAUACAAUGUUUCAGUACUUUUUAGUGGUUGUGCCAACCAAAGUAAAGACAUACAAGUUUGCUAUAAACACCCACCAGUAUUCUGUUACAGAAAAGGACACAACCGUCAACGUCAGCAAGGAACACCAGGGAAUACCUGGGAUCUUCAUUAGGUAUGACAUUAGCUCCCUGACAGUAAAGAUCACAGAAGAAGGGGUAGCCAUAGGUCAGUUUGCUACAAGGAUUUGCGGGAUUGUUGGAGGAAUAUUUUCAACUGCAGGGCUGCUCCACAAGUUCUGUGGAUUCUUAAUUGAGGUCAUGCUUUGUCAGAUUCCUCCAGAAGCACAGACUCAAAACACUCCACCCAAUUCCACAGGUAAUAAGGAAGAUCAGCAGCAAUCGGAAGAAGCUACUGAAUCCACAGAAUGACGCAGUAUAUUCUACAAAGGUUGUUCUUUUGUUAUGGCUUAGUAUUGGUUUUGGAUUGACAUAUUUCAAUAAAAUUGGGCAAUGAGUAAUUUGGUGUUGAUGUCUAUUAUUUACCGUUUUGUCUCAUUAACUCUUCCUAUUAAAAAAAAAAAAAAAAAAAAAAAGAUACCUCAAACUAUCCUCAGACAGUGAAUAAAGAACUAGAGGAGUCAGCAAUAUAGACAUUUUAUUAUAUUUAUUGAUUAUUUUUUUUGGUUUACAAACAAAGGCACCCAUAAAGUUUCCAUUGGCAUGACUUGCAAAGUUUCUUUUUCUUCUCCUGUACUCUAAGGACAGCUAUCUUGUACACAUACACAAGAAGUGUAUUUUUUGGGAUUGUAAUCGCGUUGAGACAAUAAAAUAUACAUUUCAGAGGUGAAGUCUCUUCAAAAACACUCGGUCCUGAAAGAGUUAAUUUCCUAAAAUGACAAAUUACAGCUAAAAGUGUAGUUAGG